AUGGAUUGGUUUAACAGCGACCAACGACAGAUGGACGAUUUCGUCAACGCCAACAACUGGCACGUGCCGCCGACGCCCGACCCAAAUGCAACGCCUAGUCUGGGGUUGCCUACCAACAUGGAAAUAACAUCGCUAGUUAACACUAAUGAGUACAACAUUAGUGAUAUGGAGUCCGCUGAAAGGAGGGGCAAGGGCAAGGUUGCGGAUAAAGAGGGGCCGAAGAAGUAUAGUCCGCAGGAGACAAUGUGGCUGGCCAAGAACUUCGUCAACAUCUCCGAGGACGCUAUCAUCGGCAACCAGCAGAGCGACAAAGUGUUCUGGCAGCAGAUUGCAGAGAAGUACAACGUUGGUCGACCUAGAGGGUCGUUCGAGCGUAGCUACGUGAAGCUACGCAAGCAUUGGGGUCGGGUCCAGAAGGCGAUGAACAAGUGGAAUGAGAAGAGCCCGAAGUACACCGGUGGGGCAGAAUCGACGGCAAGUGGGGCGCCGAAGAGAACAAAAGUUUCCGCCGCCAGGCACUACUCUUCGAGCGAAGGAGGUCCGCCUAUCGACCUCAACGUGACAGACGACGACAUCUUCCUCUCAUCCCCUGGUACUCAAAGUCGAUCGAUGGGCACAAAGGCGGCAAAGAGGAAAGCGGAGGGGAAGGCAACUACGAGCUACUCCGCUAUGCCGCCGCCGCCCAAUCCUUCCCUGGAUAAGAUAUCCGACUCUGUGUGGGAUAUGAGUAUUACGUUGCAGAUGGGCCAGCUGACGGAGUUGACAUCGAGGGAUACCUCGACAAUGUCGGAGUUCGAGCUCGAGUUGCACCAUGAGAUGAUCUGA